GGAGGAGUUAGUGGGUGGGCUCUGGCUCACUCACAAUAAUAGGAAUGAGCAAAGAGAAAGACACUGUAAUCUGUCGAGUGUAAAAGAAAAUAUUUGAAAUCCAGCUCAUUGUUCUCACAGAAUGAUACGACCCCACGUGCAAAGGACUGCCAGUUCACGGAGUUCAUAAAAUUACACCUCCUUCUAGCUGUCUUCUCGUCCCUAACGCCGGCAACAAGCUUAAUUACACCUCUUGAAUUUCUCUCUCUUCACCGCGUGCGUUGUUUAUGUCUUCGUAUGUAGAUGACAAACACGUAUUUCCAAUCAGCAGUGGGAGCAUUCAGAAUCCUUCAAAGUCGUAUGGGGAGCUUUGUGGGUUUCCAUUAACCUAUAAAGAAUGCAUUUAAUAUUGGGUCAUUAAGAUGUUGAACUUUUGUUUAAUGAAUGUUGUUGACUGGAUCAUUAGAGAAAGGAUUAACAGAUGGAGGUGGUUACGGUUUCUGCAGUUUACAGUUUUGUUUCAAUCUCAGCCGCCCAGCCCACGGCUUUGUAGCACAUGAUUUUCUAUCUAUACUGAUUCUUAGUAUAUCUGUUUUAUUCGUUUCUUCUGUUGUCUAGAAGUUGGCUCUGAAACAGCUCAUGAUUAGAGGAGCUGAGGAACAUGGGUUCAUGUGGAAAUUAUCACAAGCAUUCUUAAGAAUCUUCUUGAGGAUCAAUUUUAUAUAUAUGAACAAUUACAGUAGUAGUAGUAGUAGAUAUAUAUAUAUUCUUGUAAACAAAUGUUGGUGUGGAAAAGUAUUAUGUUAUAAUUUAUUAAUGAAAACAAACAGCUAAUAGUUAUAUAGAAAACUAAGAUUAGAAGUUUAAACAAGAGGGAAAGGCCAAAAGAAUACAUAGAGAAGAACACAAAAAAACCAAGUAAAGAGAUGGGAAAGGAUAAAUGAUUGGAGGGUGGGAGGCUAUAUUAAUGCUUAACAGGGAGGACAAAUUCAAGUUUGCAGCGAAGCAGCUGUCAUUCGAUAUUACAAAACCAACCUUUCUUCUCUGAAUACACCCCAAAAUCCCCUCCCUUUUUCACUUAACCAACUCCAUUUGUUCAGAAACAACCCAUCAAAUAAUAACAACAGCUGCAACAACAUAAACUAACUUCAUCUCUUUCUCUGACGUCCCUCUUCGUCGAUUUGUUUAAAAGAAUGGAGAUAGAGGCGCAGAUGGAGCGAAAAGCUGAAAAAGAAAGAUACCCAGUUUAGUUUGUUUUUAUUGUCAAUACUAUUAUAUCUGAUCGACCAAGUUCAUGCAUAUUUUACAACAAGAAGUAGAAGAAGGCCAAGAAGACCCCAUUUCUCUUUUUUAUGAUAAUUUAGAUGCCAUGGCUUAUCCACAUUACCGAUCACAGUUCGGUGACACGACGUUCACAAAGGUUUUUGUUGGAGGAUUAGCUUGGGAGACCCCCACUGAAGAAAUGCGUAGAUAUUUCGAGCAAUUUGGAGAUAUUCUUGAAGCUGUUAUCAUCACUGAUAAGAAUACUGGAAAAUCUAAAGGAUACGGAUUUGUGACUUUUCGUGAUCCGGAAUCGGCGAGGAAGGCCUGUGAGAACCCAAAUCCUGUGAUCGAUGGAAGAAGAGCAAAUUGUAAUAUUGCUUCAUUAGGACGGCCUAGACCUUCGCCACCCCGAGGAAUAAGAAAUCAAGGUGGCAACGUUUAUCAGGGAGGAGCAACGUCGUAUGGUGGAGUGGCAGCGCCAUUGCCUCCGCCACCACCUCCGAUCAUUUAUCCACCUUAUGGGUACCCAACUUACACUCCUGAUUAUGGCUACCAUCAUCAGGCUCUCUAUAACCCACAAUUUCAACUUCAACACCCACAAUACUAUCAUCAAAUGUACGGCGCAACUUCAACCACAAUGGGUUCGCCCUAUUAUUAUGGCUAUUCUUUGCAAUCUUCAAGGGGAACAUAUUCUGCUACUCUACAGCCUCAGCCACAGCCACAGCCACAGCCGCAGCCCCAGCGAUUAACGCCGCCUUCCUAUCUUUACUAUCAGACUACUCAAAUGGAAGCCAAUUAUCCUCCUCCUCCUCCUCCCCUUCAGAUCCCGAGGCAUCGCUUCCCCUUUAUUUCUUCUGAUUCACAGGCUCCACAGCAAACAUCUGCAGAAACAGAAGUCCAAGUGGUUACUUCAGAAAAUCCAAAUACCUAAGAACUCAACCUUUUUGGGGGGAGAAAGUUUCAAUUGUAAAAUCUUAAUAUGUUUAUGCUCUUCUUAUCACUCUAUAUUACUCCUAUACACAACCAUUAAUAUAUUUUUUGGGUCCAAAGCUGUAACAUUUGGUGGCUACAGCUUCAAGGGGCUACUACUUUGUGUUCUCCUUAGCCACGGCAUGCAGCAAGAGAUGGACUAAUCACCAACCUUAUUCAGAAUUUUCCCUUUUUCGAAAAUUCUUCAAAUGAUUAUUAUUCUAUUAUAUUCCAAGUUCAUUUCA